UAUCAUGUGAUCAUCUGUGUCCAAUCACAGCUGAUCACUGAUCAUCAGUAUAGCCCCAUCAGUGCCCAUAAUUGCCACCUGUCAGUUUCCAUCAGUGCCACAUACCAGUGCCCAUCAGUGCACAUCAAUGCCACAAAUCAGUGCCCAUCAGAGCUGCCUUUCAGUACUGCAUAUCAGUGCCAGUCAGUGCUGCCUACCAGUGCCAGUCAGUGCCACCUACCAGUGCCAGUCAGUUCCACCUAACAGUGCCCAUCAGUG